CUGCCACUGGGAGAAAUCCAGGUACAUGGAGUGGAAAGACAUGGAGUAGAUUGGCCCCAGCACAAACUCGGGCUCUUUCCCUUUCCCCCCUCGCCGCGGGACUCGCGUCUCGUCCGGCUCGUUGAACUCCUUCCCCAGCGGAGGGGGUUCCUGCCCCGCCGGGGUCACGACCAGCCGGUCCAUGCCUCGGGAGAGCGGGAAGGUCAGGUGGGGGAGUUCCACCUGCUCGGCCUCCACCGCCUCCCCACCUUUGUCGCCGAAGCUGUAGUGCAGGUUCUUGAGCACGCGGCGGGCGAAAGCAAGUACCAUGCCCGCCACGGUCUUGGUCACCAAGCCCAAGUGCAU